AUGCAGAGUAUACAAGAGAAGUUUUGGAUAGUUUUGCGGCUUCAGUUAUAUGUGAUAUACUUGCUUCUCCAACACUCCUACCAGAAAAUCAAAGAGGUUUUCGGAGUAGCGGCUGCUAUUGCUGAUAUUCCAGAUGGACAUGUUAGAAUGUUCAUCUAUUAUCUGGCGCUGGAUCCGGGAGAAAUUGCAAAAAGAAAUGAUUUCGUGCUAGCAGGAGGACAUUUCGAAAGCAUCGAGCUAAUGAACAAUUCACAGUGGAGCGUUUACUGUAUUGAAAGAGCGUUGGCUGUAGCCGAAGUGAAACGAAGCGAUAAGUUUGCUGAGGCCUUGGAGAAACAAUCACAGCCAAAAACCCACUUUUCACGAACACAGCUCGCUGUGGUAGUACGUUGUUAG